AUGAGCUCCAGCGACCUUGAAUCGCCGUCCAGAUCGGAAAAGGAUCAUGUCGUGACCAUCAACGCCCACAACGUACCGCGCGCCAUCACGGCGUCCAGUGCCGAUUCUGACGCUCGCAACGAAGCCCAGAAUGAUACCCACAAUGACCCCCGCGAUGGCAUCCCCCUAGACGUCAACGACGCCGUCCAGGUCAAUGCCAUGCAGGUCGACGCCGUGCAGGCAGACUCCGAUCUUCUGCAGCGCCAGCCCAGUGUUGCAGACUCCAACCGACCAGAAGUGUUUCUCAAUAGCGACGACCUUGAAAAAGUCACCGAGUCUGGCAUUUACCCGCAAAAACGACUCUUCUCGCUGCUGCACACCCGUAACAUCCCUCCCAUCCCAGAACAACGCGAUCGCAAAACCUACCCGCUAUACCGCACGAACUUUCUGUAUCGCAUCUUUUUCUGGUGGGUUUACCCCAUCAUUCGCGUCGGCUACAAGCGUACACUCCAGCCGAACGAUCUGUGGGUCAUGGACCAACGCAUCAGCAUCGAAACGAUGGCUCGCGAUUUCGACGCCCAUUUCGACCACUACGUGCAAAAAGCACGCGCCCAAUAUGCCAAGGACCAUCCAGACGCCAGCCCGCAACAGGUGCUUGAAAAUACCGUGCUCCCCAAGUACACGCUGCUGAAAGCGCUAUUGUGGACCUUUAAAUGGCAAUAUUUCAUGGCUUUCAUGUUCAUGAACCUGUCCAACGCCACCUCUGCGUUCCUGCCGAUGCUGACCAAGCGCGUCAUUCAAUUUGUCGAGCGCAAAGCUUUGUUUCCCGGCAAAAAAGUAAAUGCAGGCAUUGGCUACGCAAUUGGCGCCAGUCUUCUCAUGCUCCUCAAUGCUCUUCUUUUCAACCAUUUUUUCCACAACUCUCAGCUUACCGGUGUUCAAGUCAAGUCUUUACUGAUCAAGUCUCUUUUGAAUAAAUCUUUAAAGCUCUCCAGCUACUCCAAGCACAAGUUCCCCAAUGGUAAAAUUACGUCCAUUAUGUCCACUGAUUUAUCCAGACUAGAAUUGGCCAUCAUGUUCCAACCUUUGAUUGGCGCAUUUUUCGUGGCAGUGAUCAUCUGUAUUGUUCUUUUGAUUGUGAAUUUGGGCGCUAUUGCCCUUGUUGGUGUCGGCGUUUUCUUCGCUGCAGGGUUUUUAUCUACAAUGGCUUUCAAGUCACUUAUCAAAGUCCGUAAAGCGACCAAUGUUUUUACGGAUGCAAGAGUGACCUUGAUGCGGGAAAUCCUGAACAGUAUGAAGAUGAUAAAGUUUUACGCUUGGGAAGACGCUUACGAACAAAAUGUUCAGGAUAUUCGUUCUAGAGAAAUUCGUAAAACUCGUUACAUGCAAUUCACUCGGAACUUUGUCACUGCUUUGGCUGUCUGUCUAACAAAUCUGGCCUCAAUGACCACAUUUUUGGCCAUGUACAAAGUGAACAAUGGCGGUAGAAGCCCGGCCAACAUUUUCUCGUCAUUGUCGCUCUUCCAGGUGCUGAGUAUUCAAAUGUUCUUUCUACCUAUGGCUUUGGGUACCGCUGUCGACGGUUCGAUUGCAUUAGGCCGUGUUCAAGAAGUCUUACAAGCUAGUGAAGAGGAUCAGGACAUCGAGAAAGAUACUUUACCGAUGGAUGAUGAGAAGCUUGCUCUCAAAUUGGAAAACGCAUCCUUCGAAUGGGAAAACUUUGAGGUUGAAGAAGCUAAGGAAGAAGCCAAUCUUAAAACUCAGCUUGAUGAAGCAAAGCUAAAGAGUAGCAAUAAAAAAGCUCCCGAAAAGCGUUCUGAGGACGAAGAAUCAAUUAUAAAGAACGACUCCUCCUCCUCAAGUGAAACUCCCAAUGUUCAAUUCAAGGGCUUUAAUAAUUUGAAUUUCGAUAUUGCAAAGGGCGAGCUUGUUAUUGUCACAGGUGCAGUAGGUACUGGAAAAUCAUCUCUUCUAAGCGCUCUUUCAGGAUUUAUGAGAAAAAUCAGCGGAAACAUUUACAAAGACGGUUCAUUGCUGCUAUGCGGUUACCCAUGGGUGCAGAACGCGACGGUAAAGGAUAACAUUUUGUUCGGAUCCCCCUUUGACGAGGCCAGAUACAAUAAUGUUAUCCGUGUUUGUUCAUUGCAAGCUGACUUGGAUCUUUUGCCUGCUGGUGACAGGACCGAAAUCGGUGAACGAGGAAUUACACUGUCAGGUGGGCAGAAAGCUCGUAUCAACUUGGCCAGAGCUGUGUACAAGGAAAUGGAUAUUUAUUUGUUUGAUGAUGUUUUAAGUGCCGUCGAUGCUCGUGUUGGUAAACACAUUAUGGAUGAGUGCUUGACCGGAAUGCUUGCAGGGAAGACCAGAAUACUUGCAACACAUCAACUGAGCUUAAUCUCCAGAGCGUCUAGAAUCAUUUUUAUCGAUAUCGACGGGUCAGUUGACGUUGGCACUGUGGAAGCUUUGAAAUCAAGACACGCUGGAUUUGUGAAUUUAAUGGAGUAUUCAAACCACGCUGAUACUGAAGAAGAUACACCUAAAAAUGCUCCUAAUGCUUCCCGCCCUGUCGUUGACCGCCAACAAAGCGAGAAGGACAAUGCCGAAUUACAAAAACAGUUAAGCAAAAGGUCUCAACUUCAAGACGACAACAAGCCUCAAGCUGAUGGACGACUAACCAUGAAAGAAGAACGUGCAGUUAAUUCGAUCAGUCUAAAAGUUUACAAGGAAUAUAUCUCAGCUGGUGUGGGUAAAAAGGGAUUUUUCCUGCUGCCUCUAUACAUCCUGUUACUGGCGCUUUCCACAUUCACCCUUUUGUUUUCAUCGGUAUGGCUGUCAUUUUGGACAGAGAUGAAAUUCAAAAACAAGAAAACACCAUUUUAUAUGGGAAUGUACACUUUCUUUGUUUUCUUCAAUUAUAUUUGCACGACAGGUCAGUUUACCUUGCUAUGCUAUAUUGGAGUGACAGCAGCUAAGUGGCUUAAUUUGAAGGCUGUGAAACGGUUACUACAUACCCCGAUGUCAUUCAUUGACACAACUCCUAUUGGAAGAAUUCUCAACAGAUAUACAAAGGACACCGAUACAGUGGACUCAGAGCUUACUGAAAGUGUUAGACUAUUUGUUUACCAAGUUUCAAACAUCAUCGGGGUUAUGAUCAUGUGCAUCAUUUACUUGCCUUGGUUCGCUAUUGCCGUGCCGUUCCUGGUGUUGACCUUUGUAGCAGUUGCUGAUCACUAUCAAAGCUCCACUAGAGAAAUUAAAAGACUGGAAGCGCUUCAGAGAUCACACGUUUACAACAAUUUCAAUGAAGUGCUAGGUGGAAUGGAUACCAUUCGUGCAUACAGAAAUCAAAAGCGCUUUUAUAGAAAGUCUGACUUUCUGAUCGACAGAAUGAACGAAGCGGGUUACUUGGUGGUUGCGUUGCAAAGAUGGGUUUCUAUUUCCCUUGAUAUGAUUGCGAUGAGCUUCGCCCUGAUCAUCACUUUGCUGUGCGUUACGCGUCAGUUCCACAUAUCAGCUGCUUCUGUAGGUGUGCUGCUGACGUAUGUGCUCCAACUACCAGGCUUAUUGAAUUCUCUUCUAAGAGCUAUGACACAAGGUGAGAACGACAUGAACAGUACUGAAAGACUGAUUGCAUACGCAACAGGAUUGCCUCUCGAGGCCGAUUAUCGUAGACCUGAAUUGAGCCCACCAGCUGAGUGGCCGUCCGAGGGAACAGUGGAAUUCGAAGAUGUCAGUCUUGCUUAUAGACCAGGUCUACCAGUGGUACUGAAAAAUGUUAAUUUGCAGAUCCGCGGUCGUGAAAAGAUUGGUGUCUGUGGAAGAACUGGUGCCGGUAAAUCCACCAUAAUGAGUGCUCUUUACAGAAUAUGCGAGCUACAACAGGGUCGAAUCUUUAUUGACGGCAUAGAUAUAUCUACUCUAGGUCUUUUCGAUCUGAGAUCAAAAUUGUCUAUCAUCCCACAAGAUCCGGUGAUGUUUAGAGGAAGCGUGCGAAAGAAUCUGGAUCCAUUUGGCGAACGUACCGAUGACGAGCUCUGGGAUGCCCUAGUCCAGAGUGGGGCUAUUAGCCCCGAAUCGGAGUCCGAAGUUCGCGCUCAAAUUUAUGACAAAAAGGGCACCUUGAGUUCCUUGCACAAGUUCCACUUGGAUCAAGAAGUAGAGGAGGACGGUAGCAAUUACUCGUUAGGUGAGCGUCAACUCUUGGCUUUGACGAGGGCCUUGGUGAGACAAUCCAAGAUUCUCAUUUUAGAUGAAGCGACCUCUUCUGUUGAUUACGAGACCGAUGCAAAAAUUCAGACACGUAUUGCACAAGCUUUUUCGCAUUGCACCAUUUUGUGUAUUGCACAUCGGUUGAACACUAUCUUAGACUACGACAGGAUUCUGGUGUUAGAAAAGGGAGAGGUUGCCGAAUUCGAUACGCCUGGCGCCCUGUAUGACAUGAAUGGUAUUUUUACAGAGAUGUGUGGUAGAUCAGGAAUUUCCAGAAAGGACAUCAAAUCUUCGCAAAGAGAGUUGAAAGAUUAG